CCAAAAAAAAAAAAAAAAUCAAUCGCAGAUUUCUUUAUUCGUCUCCUCCCGUCUUGUCUCUAAUCCAACAACAUCUUGGCCAAACUUCCUUGAUUCCCAAGCCUCGCAGUUGGAGGAAGGAACCAGUGACAUGGAUACAUCUGCUCUGCAAUGGCAUCCGUGGAAAAUUUGCCCGGUCGGCUCCUCCAGCAGUUCUCCUGAUCAGGAUAAUGGAAAAACAGAAGCUACUCGAACAAAAGAUCCUAUUAAAGACUUCCUGUUACCGAAGGCUGUGUAGUAGAUCACCAUGGGACAGUGGGACAUGUCAGUAAGGUCCAGCACCGCGAACAGCUUCAGUGACCAGCGCGCUGCGAUUUCUCCAACCACCGACUCCGAGCUACCUACGGCCUACAGCUGCUUGAGUUGAGUACACUGAGCGCCGCCAUCAGCUUUGUUGACGUCGCCGCCGCGGGAGCCCAGUGCGCUUCAUGAUGCCGAGGUCACACGAUUGGGGAAGGAAAAAGCAAUGGAGAACUGACGCCGGAUUGGGAGGGCGGGCAGGUCCACCAAAUAAUCGAAACCAACAAGAAGCUGCCAUCUGGUCAGGAACAGGGAAGGGAACAACCGAACAGGCAGUGGGAACAACGAAGAUCCGUCCGCUUGUGCUAGGGUUUGCAGGAUGUCCACGCGCGGCGGAGGCGGUCGAGGGCGGGGCCGGGGCGACCACGGAGGAGGCCGUGGAGGUGGCGGUGGCGGUAGAGGGCGAGACCAAGGCGAUGCGGAGCCCCGGGAGCACCGCGAUGCCACGCGCGGCCGAGGUGGCCGUGGUGACCGCGGCGGCCGUGGCGCAGGCGAGAGUGGGGGGCACUUCCAGGCCCCCCAGUCGGCCGGCGGGCGCGGUGGAUACAGUGGCGUGGCUCAGGGGCGCGGGCAGGUGGCCGCGCCGACGCCGGCGGAGGUUGAGGCGCUGAGCCGCCAGGUGGAGAAGAGAAUGGUGGUCGCAACGGCACAGGCUGGGCCGCACCCGCAAGUGGGCCCGUCGUUCCCGGCUCCGGCGCGGGCUCCGGCGCCUGCAGCCGCCGCGCGAGUGGAGGGAAAAGGGACGGUGGAGUCGUUGGCGGCGUCUGCAGGGAGGCUUCCUCCGGCGUCGAGCAAGGCGUUGGUGUUCCCCGCGAGGCCGGGGUAUGGGACGAUCGGGCGGAGGUGCCGCGUGCGCGCCAACCAUUUCCUCGUCCAGGUCGCGGACAAGGACAUUUACCACUACGACGUGGCCAUCACUCCUGAAUCCAAUUCACGGGAAAGGAACAGAUGGAUAGUUAACGAGCUCAUUAAAUUGCACAAACAAUAUUUGAACGGGCGACUGCCUGUUUAUGAUGGAAGAAAGGGUAUGUUCACAGCUGGUCCACUGCCAUUCAAAGAGAAACAGUUUCUUCUCAAACUAACAAAUCCUGAGAGAGCAAACCAGAGGGAGAAAGAGUACAAGGUCACUAUCAAGGACGCUGCAAAAAUAGAUCUGUACAGCCUUAAGCAGUUCUUGGCUGGUAGGCAGAGGGAACUGCCACAGGACACCAUCCAAGCUCUUGACAUCGCUCUGAGGGAAUGCCCAAGUGCUAGGUAUGUAACGGUCUCAAGAUCAUUUUUCUCACAAGCAUUUGGACAUGGUGGGCCUAUCGGAAGUGGUGUGGAAUGCUGGAGGGGUUACUACCAAAGCUUACGCCCUACCCAGAUGGGACUGUCCCUAAAUAUUGAUAUUUCUGCGACAGCAUUUUACAAGCCUCAACCCAUUAUAGAAUUUGCAGUGGAGUAUCUGAACUUGCGUGAUGCAUCAAAGCGUUUGUCUGAUCUGGAUCGCAUAAAACUGAAGAAAGCCCUUAAGGGAGUCCGGGUUGUGGUCACACAUCGCCGUGAUAUACCCAUGCAUUACAGGAUUACAGGGAUUACCUCAGCUCCGUUGAAUGAUUUGACGUUUGAUCAAGAUGGCACAAGGGUAUCAGUUGUCCAGUACUUUAAACGGCAAUAUAAUUACUCUUUGAAACACACUCACUGGCCAUGUCUUCAAGCUGGCAGUGAUAGCAGGCCGGCAUAUAUACCUAUGGAGGUUUGCAACAUCCUUGAGGGACAACGCUACUCUAGAAAGCUAAAUGAGCGUCAAGUCACAGCUAUCCUGAAGUUGGCCUGUGAGCGACCAGCACAAAGGGAGAGCAGUAUUUUGGAGGUUGCUAGUAGUAACAACUAUGACAAUGACUACUAUGCAAAAGAAUUUGGCAUUAAGGUGAUGAACCAACCCGCCUUGGUUGAUGCUCGUGUGCUCCCAGCUCCAAGGCUUAAAUACCAUGACUCUGGAAAAGAAAAAGUAUGCAACCCUUCCAUUGGCCAGUGGAACAUGAUUAACAAGAGAAUGGUUAAUGGAGGAUCUAUCAAACACUGGGCAUGUCUAACUUUUGCCUCUCGCUUGCGUCCAAAUGACAUUGGGAUGUUUUGCAACGAUCUUGUCAGCAUGUGCAAUAACAUUGGCAUGCAAAUGAAUACCAGACCAUGUGUGGAUAUCAAGCAAGCCCGCCAAGACAAUGUAGAAGCCGCAAUCACAAGUAUACAUCGUCAUUCUGCUGAAGUGCUUGCUCAACAAGGUCUGAAAGAGCAACAACUUGAGUUACUUAUCAUAAUUUUGCCCGAUAUGAGUGGUUUUUAUGGAAGGAUAAAACGACUUUGUGAAACUGAGCUUGGUGUAAUAACUCAAUGUUGCGCGCCUAAGAAUGUUCUGAAAGGAGGAAAACAGUAUCUUGAAAAUCUUGCUCUGAAAAUCAACGUUAAGGUUGGAGGUCGGAAUACUGUGCUUGAAGAUGCUUUGAACAAGAGAAUACCACUACUGACAGAUUUUCCUACAAUAGUCUUUGGAGCUGAUGUUACCCACCCGUCUCCUGGGGAGGGUUCAUCUCCAUCUAUUGCAGCGGUCGUUGCAUCCAUGGAUUGGCCACAAGUUACCAAGUACAAAUGCUUGGUAUCUUCACAAGGUCAUAGGGACGAAAUCAUAAAUAAUCUUUUCACAGAAGUGAGAGAUCCAGAGAAAGGCAUUGUAAGAGGUGGAAUGGUUAGGGAUUUGCUCGUGUCAUUCUACAAGUCUACUGGCCACAAGCCUUACAGGAUUAUAUUCUAUCGAGAUGGUGUUAGUGAGGGGCAGUUCAGCCAAGUCUUGCUUUAUGAAAUGGACGCAAUUCGCAAGGCAUGUGCUAGUUUACAGGAGGGCUAUCUACCUAAAGUCACUUUUGUUGUUGUGCAAAAGAGGCAUCACACCCGCCUGUUUCCUGAAAAUCAUCGUGCGCGUGAUCAGACAGAUAGGAGCGGAAACAUCCUACCUGGAACUGUUGUUGACACAAAGAUCUGCCAUCCCAGCGAGUUUGAUUUUUACCUCUGUAGUCAUUCUGGUAUCCAGGGAACUAGCCGCCCAGCACAUUAUCACAUUCUUUUCGAUGAAAAUGGUUUCAGUGCUGAUGCACUGCAAACCUUGACUUACAAUCUUUGUUACACCUAUGCCAGGUGCACUCGCUCAGUCUCUAUAGUUCCUCCGGCGUAUUAUGCACACCUGGGUGCCUUUCGUGCGCGUUACUACAUGGAGGACGACAACUCUGAUCAGGGCUCAUCUGGGGCAACAUCUCGGACAUAUGAUCAAUCUGUCCCCGUGAGGCAACUCCCCAGAAUUAAGGAAAACGUCCAGCAGUUCAUGUUUUACUGCUGAAGGUGGAUGGAUCCGUUGCAAGACCUGGCAUCGCAAUGCUUUUGCGGUCAUGGAACUCGGUUUUAGUAGUCGCAGUGUGGAAAUAUGGCAAAGUAGUUCUCUAAACCAAACAGGCAGUCAUCUUUUGGACAUCUUUUGGCUUGUGAUUUUGAUUGCUUCCGUUUUGCAGUAUUACUGGACGAAGGUGUCGCAUCUGAAGUUGCUCCCAUUGUGACACUAGUAUGAUGUGUUAUCAUUGUUUAGGUCCGAAGUGCUUUGACUUCCUGGGUAUUAUUGAACUUGAACGUGCUACUACUAUACAUUCUGACUUUUUUGCU